UCCAACCUCUUCUGCCUGGCUGAUCUAACUGGGAUUAAAUGGAAGCGAUAUGUAUGGCAGGGUCCAACAUCUGCCCCGAUUCUCUUUCCGGUCACGGAAGAGGACCCUAUUUUGAGCAGUUUCAGUCGCUGUCUGAAGGCGGAUGUACUCAGUGUUUGGCGCCGAGACCAGAGACCUGGACGCAGGGAGCUAUGGAUAUUUUGGUGGGGUGAUGACCCCAACUUUGCUGACCUUAUUCAUCAUGAUCUCUCAGAAGAAGAAGAUGGUAUUUGGGAGAAUGGACUUUCUUAUGAAUGUCGCACUCUACUUUUCAAAGCCGUUCACAACCUGCUGGAGAGGUGUUUAAUGAAUCGGAAUUUUGUACGCAUUGGGAAAUGGUUUGUGAAGCCUUAUGAGAAAGAUGAAAAACCUAUAAACAAAAGCGAGCACUUGUCCUGCUCAUUCACCUUCUUCUUACAUGGAGAUAGCAAUGUUUGCACCAGUGUGGAAAUCAGUCAGCAUCAACCUGUGUACCUGCUUAGUGAAGAGCACCUCACUCUUGCCCAGCAGUCUAACAGCCCUUUUCAAGUUAUUCUAAGCCCCUUUGGAUUAAAUGGCACGCUCACAGGGCAGUCAUUCAAGCUUUCAGAUUCAUCGACGAAAAAGCUUAUUGGUGAAUGGAAACAAUUCUAUCCUGUCACGUCUAACCUAAAGGAGGGAUCUGAGGAAAAACAAGAAGAAAUGGAUUGGGAGGAUGAUUCUUUAGCUGCUGUUGAAGUCCUUGUUGCUGGUGUGCGAAUGGUAUACCCAGCAUGCUUCGUUCUAGUUCCUCAGACAGACAUCCCUGCUCCUAGCACCGUAGGGGCAUCGCACUGUUCAACCACUUGCUUGGGUGUCCACCAAGUGCCUGCUUCCACAAGAGAUCCUGCCAUGUCUUCAGUAACUCUGACUCCACCCACAUCCCCAGAGGAAGUUCAAACAGUUGAUGCUCAAUCUGCCCAGAAAUGGGUGAAGUUUUCUUCAGUUUCUGAUGGAUUUAUCUCUGACAGUACUAGCCAUCAUGGUGGCAAAAUACCUAGGAAGCUAGCCAAUCAAGUGGUGGACAGAGUUUGGCAAGAAUGCAAUAUGAACAGAGCACAGAACAAGAGGAAGUAUUCUGCUACAUCAAAUGGCUUGUGUGAUGAAGAGACAGCUGACAAGGUAGCAUCCUGGGAUUUUGUUGAAGCCACGCAGAGGACAAAUUGCAAUUGUUCAAGGCACAAAAAUCUCAAACCAAGAAAUUCAGGUCAACAGGGGCAGGCACCACCUGUGGGCCAACAACAGCAAGCAGCUCCAAAGCACAAGACAAAUGAGAAGCAAGACAAAGGGGAUAAGCCACAAAAACGCCCUUUGACUCCUUUUCAUCAUCGUGUAUCUAUCAGUGAUGAUGUUGCCAUGGAGGCAGAUUCAGCGAGUCAGAGGCUUGUGAUGACUGCACCAGACAGUCAAGUGAGAUUUUCAAAUAUCCGAACUAAUGAUGUAGCAAAGACUCCUCAGAUGCAUAAUGCUGAAAUGGCAAAUUCACCUCAGCCACCACCACUUAGUCCUCACCCGUGUGAUGUAGUUGAUGAAGGGGUAGCUAAAGCUCCUUCUACUCCUCAGAGUCAGCAUUUCUACCAGAUGCCAACACCAGACCCCUUGGUUCCCACAAAAACAAUGGAAGACAGACUCGAUGGCUUGUCUCAGCCUUUUCCAGCUCAAUUUCCUGAAGUUAUAGAGCCUACAAUGUAUGUUGGUACUGCAGUGAAUUUGGAGGAAGACGAGGCUGAUGCUACUUGGAAGUAUUAUAAAGUUCCAAAGAAAAAGGAUGUGGAAUUUUUACCACCUCAGCUUCCAAAUGAUAAGUUGAGAGAUGAUCCAGUAAUACCUGCUGGACAGGAAAACGUAACGUCAGUUACAGAAUUAAUGGUGCAAUGUAGGAAACCUUUAAAGGUUUCAGAUGAACUGGUGCAGCAGUAUCAGAGUAAAAACCAAUACCUAGCAGCAGUAGCGAUGGAAGCUGACCAGGAACCUGAAAUCGAUCCUUAUGCCUUCGUUGAUGGUGAUGUGGAAUUCUUAUUUCCUGAUAGUAAAAAAGAUAGGCAGAACAUUGAGAGGGAAGCUGGGAAGAAACACAAGGCUGAGGAUGGGACAUCUGGUGUUACAGUUUUAUCCCAUGAAGGAGAGGAUGCGAUGUCUCUAUUUAGUCCUUCUGUCAAGCAAGAUGCCCAACGUAUUGCUGCUCAUGCUCGCACUGCAUCAACUAGCCUGUUCCAUGAAACAGACUUAGUGGUCUCUUACACUGACCUUGACAAUCUCUUCAAUUCUGAUGAAGAUGAACUAACACCUGGAUCUAAAAGAACAGUGAAUGGUGCUGAUGACAAAUCCAACUGCAAAGAGGCAAAAGCAGGAAAUCUAGACCCACUGUCAUGCAUAAGCACUGCAGAUCUCCAUAAAAUGUAUCCAACUCCACCCUCAUUGGAACAACAUAUUAUGGGAUUUUCUCCAAUGAACAUGAAUAAUAAAGAAUAUGGCAGUAUGGACACUACACUUGGAGGAACAGUACUUGAAGGGAAUAGCUCUAGUGUGGGAGCUCAGUUCAGAAUUGAAGUAGAUGAGGGUUUCUGCAGCCCCAAACCUGCUGAAAUAAAGGAUUAUUCUUAUGUUUAUAAACCUGAGAAUUGUCAAGCUUUAGUGGGAUGUUCCAUGUUUGCGCCACUGAAGACUCUUCCCAGCCAGUGUCUUCCUCCCAUCAAACUGCCAGAAGAAUGCAUUUAUCGCCAGAGUUGGACUGUGGGGAAGUUGGAUUUACUUCCCCCGGGACCUGCCAUGCCAUUCAUCAAAGAUGGUGAUGGAAGCACUAUGGAUCAAGAGUAUGGCCCUGCAUACACGCCGCAAACUCAUACUCCGUUUGGGAUGCCACCAAGUAGUGCACCUCCCAGUAACAGUGGAGCUGGAAUUCUUCCCUCUCCUUCCACCCCUCGUUUCCCAACUCCUAGAACACCGAGGACUCCUCGAACACCUCGUGGAGCUGGUGGACCUGCAAGUGCACAGGGUUCAGUCAAAUAUGAGAACUCCGAUUUAUACUCACCAGCUUCCACACCAUCAACAUGCAGACCGCUUAAUUCUGUUGAACCUGCAACUGUGCCUUCCAUUCCAGAGGCACACAGUCUUUAUGUGAAUCUCAUCCUCUCAGAGUCUGUAAUGAAUCUCUUCAAAGACUGUAACUUUGACAGCUGCUGCAUAUGUGUUUGCAAUAUGAACAUCAAAGGUGCUGAUGUUGGAGUUUACAUUCCUGAUCCAACACAAGAGGCCCAGUAUAGAUGUACCUGUGGUUUCAGUGCUGUUAUGAAUAGAAAAUUUGGCAACAGUUCUGGACUGUUCCUUGAAGAUGAAUUGGAUAUCCUAGGACGUAAUACAGAGUGUGGCAAAGAAGCAGAAAAACGCUUUGAAGCUCUCAGAGCUACUUCUAUUGAACAUGGCAGUGGAGGACUGAAAGAACCUGACAAACUGCCCGAUGAGUUAAUACUGUUGCUGCAGGAUCAAUGCACCAACUUGUUCUCACCGUUUGGAGCAGCAGAUCAAGAUUCCAUUCCUAAAGUUGGUGCAGUUAGCAACCUGGUACGUGUUGAAGAAAGGGAUUGUUGCAAUGACUGCUACUUAGCCUUGGAACAUGGACGGCAGUUCAUGGACAAUAUGUCAGGAGGGAAGGUUGAUGAAGCACUUGUGAAAACUACUUGCUUACACCACUGGUCAAAAAGAAACGUUGUGGAUGUGAGCAUGCAGUGUUCCCAGGACAUCCUUCGUAUGCUCCUCUCGCUCCAGCCAGUACUUCAGGACGCAAUUCAGAAAAAGCGAACGGUCCGGUCUUGGGGUGUGCAAGGUCCCCUCACAUGGCAACAGUUUCACAAAAUGGCUGGCAGAGGCUCUUACGGAACUGAUGAGUCCCCAGAACCACUGCCAAUCCCAACAUUUUUGUUGGGAUAUGAUUAUGACUUUCUGGUGCUGUCUCCAUUUGCACUGCCGUAUUGGGAGAGGCUGAUGUUGGAACCUUACGGAUCUCAAAGAGAUGUUGCUUAUGUUGUGGUGUGCCCUGAGAAUGAGGCUCUGCUCAACGGAGCAAGAAGCUUCUUUAGGGAUCUGACUGCAAUAUACGAGUCAUGCAGGCUUGGUCAACACAGACCUAUCUGUAAGUUAUUGCCUGAUGGGAUCAUGAGAGUUGGACCUACUGCUUCAAAGAAACUUUCUGAGAAGCUGGUCACAGAAUGGUUCUCACAGACAGCUAAUGCCAACAAUGAAGCAUUUUCCAAACUCAAACUAUAUGCACAAGUUUGCAGAUAUGAGCUGGGUCCUUAUCUUGCUUCUCAGCCUUUGGACAAUUCUUUACUUUCCCAAACAAAUCUGGUCCCUCCCUCCAGCCAGCCAGCCUCUGCUCUGCCCUCAGUGACAGCUAACACUGGAAAUCCUAACACUCCGUCGUCUGCUCCUGCAGCUCCCACCAGUAGUACUAUGACAGUGACAUCAAACAGUGCCAUGUCUUCUGCAGCUACUACAGCUAAUUCAACGUUGACUACCACUGCCCCAUCCUCCUCUUCUGCCAGUAUAGGCAGUGGGAUACCAACAAGCAAGCCUUCUUCAUUUCCACCUUUUAGCAGUAUGAACAAUACCACUUCUGCCUCCCUGCCCACUCAGGCUGCAGCAGUCCAAAAUGGGCAAACAGGAGGACAGCAGCAACAGCCAACACUGCAGACGGCAGGGAUGGCUGGAGAUACUACUUCAGCACCUGCACAGCCCCAUCCAGAGGUUUCUGAAAGCACUAUGGAUCGUGAUAAAGUUGGAGUCCCUACAGAUGGAGAUUCACAUGCUAUCACCUAUCCACCUGCAAUUGUAGUUUACAUAAUUGAUCCUUUUACAUAUGAAAAAAAGGAUGAGAACAGUAGCUCAUCUAGUUUGUGGACUCUUGGACUUCUGCGCUGCUUUUUAGAGAUGGUUCAGGUUCUUCCUCCUCACAUCAAGAAUAUAAUUUCUGUGCAGAUUGUCCCAUGUCAGUACCUUCUACAACCUGUGAAACACGAAGACCGUCAGAUUUACACUCAGCAUUUAAAAUCCUUGGCAUUUUCAGCUUUUACUCAGUGUCGGAGACCUCUUCCAACUUCCACCAACGUGAAAACAUUAACUGGCUUUGGCCCAGGUUUAGCCAUGGAAACUGCUCUUAAGAGCCCUGAUAGACCCGAGUGUAUUCGACUAUACACCCCUCCUUUUAUACUGGCUCCUGUAAAGGACAAGCAAACAGAACUAGGAGAAACUUUUGGAGAAGCUGGCCAGAAGUAUAACGUACUUUUUGUAGGCUAUUGUUUAUCUCACGAUCAAAGAUGGCUUCUUGCAUCCUGUACAGAUCUCUAUGGAGAACAGUUAGAAACUUGCAUAAUUAAUAUUGAUGUACCAAACAGAGCUCGCAGGAAAAAGGGUUCUGCCCGCAGACUUGGUCUUCAAAAACUCUGGGAAUGGUGCCUGGGACUUGUGCAGAUGAGCUCUUUGCCAUGGAGAGUUGUAAUAGGCCGUUUGGGAAGAAUAGGACAUGGGGAAUUAAAAGACUGGAGUUGUUUGCUGAGUCGCCGAAACCUUCAGUCCCUUAGUAAGAGACUAAAAGACAUGUGCAGAAUGUGUGGUAUCUCUGCUGCAGACUCUCCCAGCAUUCUCAGUGCUUGUUUGGUUGCAAUGGAACCACAGGGGUCCUUCAUUAUUAUGCCAGAUUCUGUAUCGACUGGCUCGGUAUUUGGACGCAGCACCACUUUAAAUAUGCAGACGUCUCAGCUGAAUACCCCACAGGACACAUCGUGCACUCAUAUACUUGUGUUUCCCACAUCUGCAUCUGUGCAAGUAGCGUCGUCAACUUACACCACUGAAAACUUGGAUCUGGCCUUUAACACAAACAAUGAUGGAGCAGAUGGAAUGGGAAUCUUUGACUUGUUAGACACUGGAGAUGAUCUUGAUCCUGAUAUUAUAAAUAUUCUUCCUGCAUCCCCUACUGGAUCCCCUGUACAUUCUCCAGGGUCCCACUACCCCCAUGGAGGUGAUAUGGGCAAGGGUCAAGGUACAGAUCGAUUGCUUUCAACAGAAUCUCAUGAUGAAGUAACAAAUAUACUGCAGCAGCCAUUGGCCCUUGGUUAUUUUGUGUCAACUGCCAAAGCAGGUCCAUUGCCUGACUGGUUUUGGUCAGCGUGUCCUCAAGCACAAAAUCAGUGUCCGUUGUUUCUUAAGGCCUCUUUGCACCUCCACGUGCCUUCAGUGCAAUCAGACGAGCUACUCCACAGUAAACACUCCCAUCCACUUGAUUCUAAUCAAACUUCUGAUGUGCUCAGGUUUGUUCUGGAACAGUACAAUGCACUCUCCUGGCUAACCUGUGAUCCUGCAACCCAGGACAGACGGUCAUGUCUCCCAAUUCAUUUUGUGGUGCUGAAUCAGUUGUAUAACUUUAUCAUGAAUAUGCUGUGAUCUUCAUCUGAAUUUUGCAAGACAAAAAUGAGGAAAAGGGAUAUUUCACUGCAGGACUAAGUUAUCAUUCUUCUCAGUGCAAGUUGUUUGCAAUGGGGUAUGAAUCUUAUUACUUCCAGCAAAUAUUGUUUUGACUUGUGAGAGGGGCACCUAUUGCCCUACUGUCUUUGAGUCACCGACUAUGGGGGACGCUUUAGAAUGAUGAUCAGAAAGUGUAUUAUAACAUUUUUAGUAGCAAAAUUAACCAUUUUUCCCCAGCCACAGUAUUUGUGAAGAGUAAUGAGCCAUAGUACCCAGUCAUGGUUAAUGAAUAUUAAAAGCAUGGAGACGAGAAGAAACAUGAGGAACAAUAAGUUUCAACCUAUGGCUUCGGAACAUCAAGAUGUUCUUGUAUUGGAUUAUAGUACCUAGUAUUCAAAAAUGCCUGCAUCUCUUAUUUAUUGUAAGUUUUUAAAUGUAUAAAUUGUCUUAUAUUUCUUAACCUCUUUUAUAAAAAUUUUCCUAGAAGGUUUAUACUGCCUUCUUGCUUUAAAGCAAUUGGUCUAA